UUUUCCCGACGGCGCCAACUUGUGGACCGCCUCGGCGGACGUCGCGGACGCGUUCUACAGCGUGGAGCUGCCGCUCGCUUGGCGCCCGCGCUUCGCGCCGCCGCCGAUCGACGCUGUGAGGCUGGGGCGUGGUGCGCGCCUCGGGUGCGUCGACAACUUCGCCUCGCUCUCGCUGGGCCGCAACGCGCUCGAGCAGAUGAGGGGCGACAGGGUCGCAGAGCUGCGCGAGGGCGGCCUGCCUGUGCGCGAGGAGGAGAGCGCCGCGCUCCAUGCGCAGCUGCUGGGCUGGGUGAUCGACGGCGAGCGGGGCGCCGUCUUUCCGACACUCCGUAGGGCCUGGCGUUUGAUUUUCGCCGCGCGGGCGCUUCUGGGCACGCCGAAGGUCUCGGCCCAGCAGGUGGGGCAGGUGGUCGGCCACGGCGUCUUCCUCCUCAUGGUGGGGCGCCCGCUCCUGUCGAUCAUCUGCGCAGUGCGCCGCUUCGUCGUCGAGGCGGGGGUGGCCCCGCGGGCGUGGUGGCCUAGCGCGCGGCGGGAGCUGAUGUGUACCAUGGGCGUCGCGCCGCUGGCCCAGGCAGACCUCCGCGCGGAGCGGCUGGGCCGAGCUUGGUGCGCGGGCGCUCCCGAGUGGGGCUGGGGGGUGUGCGAGCGUGAUUUUGACAA